GAAUUAUAGCUAUGCUAGCUAUAGCUAAGCAUUCGUGCGUGCUCAGCGCUCUCCUCGCGGAAGGCGACCCUGAUUUAAUUCCCGAAUCCUAGGCUUGCGGAGCGAUGAGGGUUUUAUUCAGCUAAAGCGAAACGGGCCUUGGAUUUAACCGCUUGUUGACUUUUCUUUUGCAGGGUUCAGUGAAAACCCCUUAGUGACUUGACAUGUUUCAAGUGCCGUAAAAGUUAGCCAAUGGCGUGGCGCGAUGGAUUCCCCGAAGACUGGAAAUGGUUUGCCAGUGAUUGGACAAGGGACUGGGAUAGGGAAAUCUGCCCUCCACGUGGUGGGGUCUUUGGGAAAAGCUUAUGAUUCAGCUAAAAUUAUAUCGGAGUGUUGCCCAGCCUGCAAAGAGAAGGGGCAACUAAAAACCCUAAGAACGUAUCAGAUUAAUUUUCAAGAAUCUAUCGUUUUGUGUGAAAAUCCCCAGUGCAUCUAUCCUUUAGGCUAUAAACCGUUAAAUAAGAUUCUGAUUUCUUCGGACCUGGGAAGCUUCCAGUCUCAAAAGAACCGGUGGAAAAGGAAGCUCUCGGAAACCUGCCUUCCGACCCCCCAUUCGAAAAAGGCCAAGGGCCACCCCUCAAUCGACGGAGACCAGACGUCGGCCAGCGAUCCGCCGCCGAAUCACAAUGGCUAUCGCCCACCCACGAGGCCCGCCCGCGUCCCCGCCGCCCCGCCGGAGAACCAGGGAAGCCCGGUUAGCCCGGCCGGGUCCCCGGGACCGCGGGAAGCCGAAGAAGCCGGUCCGGCCACCCGGACGCCUCCGAAGCCCUCGCUCGCGACCGCCAGCCCGCCCGCCACCCUCCCUCCGAAAGCCGAGGCGUCGCCAGCCCAACCGGAGCUCCCACGGCCCAACAAAAGCGCGUCGUCCGCGGAGCCCGUGCGCCUUCAGUGGAAGAACGUAUUUGCUCUCUGCUGGCUAGACUGCAUCCUGUCGGCCCUGGUGCAUUCGGAGAGGGUCCGAGAGGCAGUGACGGGACGGGGCCCGGAGCACAGCCCACUGUUCCGGGAGCUGUUCGCACGGUACGGGCAAGCGAACGCGCUCGUGUCCUCCUGCCAGUGGACCGGGCCGGAAGAGGCAAGGUUGCCAAACGUGUCUUCAGAGCUUCUUUCAAAGGCGGAGGUUCACCUGGAUGAAGUCAGAAAGAACAUUUUGGCCCGCCUUCAACCCCACCUUGGGUGUCAGCUGGGUAAGAUGGAAAGUCCGGUGUUUGCAUUUCCUUGGAUCUUAAAGAUGGAGCCUCAUAUUGAAAAGCUAUUUCUGGCGUCGUUUUCUUGGAACUUUGACUGUUUGCAGUGUGGGAACAAAUACCAGCAGAGGUGCGUGAAGAGCCUGGCCACCUUUACAAAUGUCAUUCCUGAGUGGCACCCACUUAAUGCCGUCCACAUCGGGCCGUGUAACCGCUGCCAGGAUAGAUCUCAAAGAAGAAAAAUGGUGUUGGAAGAGGUCUCAUCGGUGUUCAUGCUGCAUUUUGUAGAAGGCCUGCCCUCCAACGACUUGCAGCUCUACUCGUUUCAUUUCGAAGGCUCUUUCUACCAGAUAACCGGCGUAAUUCAGUACCAAGUGCUCAAAAAGCACUUCGUAACGUGGACCUUGAAUUCCGACGGAACUUGGCUCAAGUGCGACGACUUAAAUGGCCCGUAUUGCGAACGGCGCUCCGAGUUUGGCGUUCCCGCCUCCGAGGCGCACAUCGUCAUCUGGGAAAGCGGAGCCCACCGUGCGGCGGACCCACCCCCGGUCCCGCCGGCCCCCGGAGGGGCCCCAGCGGGGAACGUCGGUGCCGGGAAUCGCGGCGGCUCUGCCUCGGGCCCGGAAAGCGACUCGGCGGCGGCCGGGAUCCCGCCUCUCCUUCCCAGCGAGGACGCCCCCGGGCCCCCAGCCGACAGCCCCCAGGGCGCGGCCCGGGAGCCGGAGAACGACUGGUUGUCCGGCCUGGAGGGCUUGGCGGAUAGUGACGUUAUAACCCUGAACCUCGUGGAGAUCCAAGUGGAUUCGGAAGGCAAUCCGUUGGCUGGCGAUUCCGGGGGCCCCGCCGGGAUCUCCCGGGGCCCAGGGGCCAUUCCGCCCCCACCUACCCACCAGGGAGAACUCACAGGCGAAAACCCACCUCUGGGCGUCCGCACGCCGCCUCGGGUGGCUGAUGUAUGCCCGUCGUCGGGAGGAUUCAACCCCCCAGUCGCCGCCCCUCCCGAUGGUGACGUCCUCUCACUCAGCCCUCCGCCGGCACGGAUCCCGGCUCCGGAGGGCCGGGAGAUCCAGUCUGCGUCCCCCCCAGCCGGCCCGGAGCGGGACGUGGGAGCCGGUCCGGCCCCCGCCGGGCCCAGGACCGCCCCGAGAGAGCCCCUCUCGAAGAAGAGAAUCGACCUUACAGCGUGCUCCCGAGCCACAGCCUUGAAGCCCCCCGACGGCCCCGCGCAGUCCCAGCCCCCCAAGGAGCCGAAGAAGGCGUUCGUCGGAAGUUGGGUCAAAAGCCUGCUCACCAGGACGCCUUCUUUCAUGCCUUCCUGCGCCUCGGCCCGGCCCAAGGAGAGAAGCGGCAGGAGGAACUCUUUGCAGAAGGUGACGGACUUACACCUUCCAGUUAAAGGGGCGAGUAAUUUCGGUGGCUUUGUGGCCAAAGGCGUACGGCGCGAUCCCCAAGAGACGGUCAAGAAAGCCCCCCCGCCUCCCGGGGCCGAUCCUCCGGCCCGGGUUGCCUCCGCCUCCCUGCCCACGGGCCCGCGACAAGCCAGAAGAGACCUUCGGCCCGUUGCCAGCCGGACUCCCCCUAGACCCGGCGGAAACGCAAAUCGGCCGUCCCCCGGGGCCCGCGGAGACCCCGCCGCCGCCGCCGCCGAGAGCAAGACGCACAAGCUCCGCCUGAAGCUUCUGAAGAAGCUGCAGGCGAAGAAGAACCGACUGGCCUCGCUGGAUCGGCUGGCGGAGGCUCAGCAGACAGGCGGGAAGCCCCCGGGCGAGACGCCCGGCCCCGUGCCCCGGCGGGGCGGCGGCGGCGACGAAUCGCUCCAAGACCUGUUAGAAGAACUGCAGCUCCAGAUCGACAUCGCCGACCACCAGUCCGCGGGCCCCGCGGCUUCCGACCCCUCGCCGGGCAGUGCCCUCGAGCACGAAGAAUUCCUCGCCCAGCUGCUGUCGCCCGGCCCGGGGACCGCCACCUUCCCGGAGCCCCCGAGAGCCGGCGAGGGCGACUGCGGGUAUCUGGAGAUGGGGGGCGGGCAGACCCCCGCACCGACCCCCGGCGUCCCGGCCCGGGGCACCCCGAAUCCGAGCGGGGACCACAGCUACUACAGUCCCGUAAAGGGAAGCCAACCGGGCGGUCCCACGGGCUCGCCAGCCGGCAGUUGUCACGGGAGGACCGUCAACUUGGACAGCCCCUUGAAAGCCGACAUCCUUGAAGAUUUCUUUACCGCGUCGACGUUAAGCUCCUUAGCCAGCGACCCGGACGACUUACCUCACUUCGACGACUAUCUCUUUGAAAACUGUUGAGCGGUCCCCUCCUGUCGCGUUGGCAUUUUUGCUCUCAGACCGUGCGCUAUUAAAUUAUUAUUUUUUUUAUUACGCGA